AGAGAGGCCCACUAUAUAAGGACUGCGCAGGCGUGGGAGCGCCUCUUUUCCUCCGGCGCGCCACCGAAGAUCCUGGUGUCGCCAUGGGCCGCCGCCCCGCCCGGUGCUACCGGUACUGUAAGAACAAGCCAUACCCCAAGUCUCGUUUCUGCCGAGGUGUCCCUGAUGCUAAGAUCCGCAUCUUUGACCUGGGUCGGAAGAAGGCCAAGGUAGACGAGUUCCCACUGUGUGGCCAUAUGGUUUCAGACGAGUAUGAGCAGCUCUCUUCGGAAGCCCUGGAGGCUGCCCGUAUUUGUGCCAACAAGUACAUGGUGAAGAGCUGUGGCAAGGAUGGCUUCCAUAUCCGAGUGCGACUGCACCCUUUCCAUGUCAUCCGCAUCAACAAGAUGCUGUCCUGCGCUGGUGCUGACAGGCUGCAGACAGGCAUGCGGGGUGCUUUUGGAAAGCCCCAGGGCACAGUCGCCAGGGUUCACAUUGGCCAAGUCAUCAUGUCCAUCCGCACCAAGCUGCAGAACAAGGAACAUGUGGUUGAGGCCCUACGCAGGGCCAAGUUCAAGUUUCCUGGUCGCCAGAAGAUCCACAUCUCCAAGAAGUGGGGCUUUACUAAGUUCAAUGCGGAUGAAUUUGAAGACAUGGUGGCCGAGAAGCGGCUCAUCCCUGAUGGCUGUGGGGUCAAAUACAUCCCCAACCGUGGUCCCUUGGACAAGUGGCGAGCUCUCCACUCGUGAGACCUCUGCUCUUCUGUGCUCCUAAAUCUGACCAAAAUAAAUCUUGAUUGUCGA